AUGCGUUCUUUCCUUUUAACAGCCUGCAUGGCUGGCAGCACUAUUGCUUAUGAUUCCCUUUUUGCUUGGAAGUCAGCUCCUAUCGCCGAAACCAGAACUUUGGAUGAGCUCCAUGCUGCGGCGCUCACUGAGGGAGGAGUUAUUAAUCUUUGGUCCGGGGGUGAUGAGCCAGCGCAACAGAACCAGUUGAAGACUGCUUUCGAAGCUCGGUUCCCGGGUAUGACACUCAAUGUUACUGUUGAUGUCUCCAAGUACCAUGCUGGCAGGAUUGAUCGACAACUCAACGAGGGAAAACUCCAGAUUGAUGCCACCGUUCUUCAAACCGUCCAGGACUUCCCACGCUGGGCCCAACAAGGCGUUUUGCUCAACUACAAGCCAGUCAACUUCGACUUGAUUGACCCUUCUUACCGAGACUCAUUCGCAGCUUGGUAUGGAGUCUAUAUUAUCAAUUGGUCUACUUUGACCAACCCAUCCAAGUUGGCAGCCGGUACACAGCUCCCAGUUGAGUGGGAUGACUUCCUCCGACCUGAGUUCAAGGAUAAAUUGGUAGUGACAUAUCCAAAUGAUGACGAUGCCGUGCUUUUCGCAUUCGACCUCAUGUAAGUCCUCUGCUCUCACUCCAUACCCAAAACAUGACUAAUCCCAAUCCCCAGCAUGCAACAAUACGGCAUCGAAUGGUUCGAGUCCUUCCUGAAGCAAAACCCAUUCUGGGUCCGCGGUACCGAAACCCCAGGUACCAUCGUCCGCCAACAAAACAGCACCUACGCCGUCGCCAUUCCAUCCUCCCUCAACCGUCCCUCUGCACCACUCAACGCCACCCGCCCAACCACGGGCCAAUUCGCAGCCUGGCCCCAAACCGGCGCGAUCUUCAAGGACGCACCACAUCCCGAGAGCGCCAAGUUGCUCUUCAACUACUACGUCAGCAAUGAGUUCCAGGAGCUCCGAACUUCGGGCGGUAGUUGGAGUGUUCGAACGGAUAUUGCUACUCCUGCUGGAGUGCAACAGCUUUCUAACAUGUCUACUGUGAAUACUGCUGCGUUUGGACGGUUUAUGGCGGAUCGUGCGAGGGUUGAGAGAUUGAAGUUUUACUUUGAGUCGGUUAUUGGGCCGGCGCAGGGUUUGAGCCCGUUGGUUGAUGGGGUGUAG